AUGUUCUGCCUCAGUGGGUGCCAGAAUCGUGUUGGUCUUUUGCAAGGAUAUCCAACAUGUCAGUCCAUGCUGGCUUUCCAACAGCACGCUCGAUUGUAUGGCCGUAAAGGGAUCCGCUUGGUGGACUUGCCUCAAGAAAUACUGGACGAUACCGUCGGCAUUGUUGCCUGGACCUGUGUUCUCUUGUUUCGAGGGAAUUUUCGAACAAAGAAAGACGGUCAGGAUCUGGACUAUGGACGCUGGCAGGGAUAUGGCAUGUUCGAUGGUGCGCCAGGAUGGAGUCUUCGUUGA